CCAUCCCCUUCCUAUCCCAUGGCUGCAUUGUUCUCGGCUAUCAAAACAGGCUUUACAAAUAGUUUCUGAUUCCUGGCCUUGGGGGUGUUGGUGGAUAGGAGGUGGGAGUGGGAGGACUAAAUAGACGCAACCUGCAGCUGCUGUAGGCCAAGCGCAGUAAGGGAGAAGGAGAGUGAGGUGGGAGAAAAAUCUACUCCAGCAAAAUCUGUCCAGACUUAUAAAUUGCAGGAACCAGAUCUGCAAAGGAGAAAGCAUAGGGCAACAUGAAGUUCCCUCAGAGCUCUCUGUUCCAGCUAGCCUCUAUUCUCCUGCUUCUUCUUGUCCAGACACCCACUUCACAAGGGCAAGCCAUCAAUGACCAAGCUCAGCAGCAACACUGUGGAGAAGAUUCUGUCCCACUAGACUGCGAAGAUAUUUAUGACCAAGGUUCAGAAACAGAUGGCGUGUACCUCAUUUACCCUGCAGGCCCCAAUAUCCCAGUGCCUGUGUAUUGUGAUAUGACAACUGACGAUGGAAAAUGGACGGUUUUCCAGAAGCGUUUCAAUGGUUCGGUCAGUUUCUUUCGGGGCUGGAGUGACUACAAAUUGGGCUUUGGCAGAGCAGAUGGAGAAUAUUGGCUGGGAUUGCAGAACAUCCACCAUCUGACCCUCAAGCAGAAGUAUGAAUUACGUGUGGAUCUGGAAGAUUUUGAGAACAACACAGCUUUUGCCAAAUACGCUGACUUCUCCAUCUCACCAAAUGCGAUCAGUGCAGAAGAAGAUGGUUACACAUUGCACAUAUCUGGUUUCACUGAUGGAGGGGCAGGAGACUCACUGUCCUAUCACAACGGCCAGAAGUUCUCCACCUUUGACCGUGACCAAGACCUUUACCUGCAGAACUGCGCAGCACUCUCUUCAGGUGCUUGGUGGUUCAAAAGCUGCCAUUUUUCCAAUCUUAAUGGCUUCUACCUUGGUGGGGUUCAUCUCUCCUAUGCUAACGGCAUUAACUGGUUCCAAUGGAAGGGGUUCUACUACUCCCUCAAGAGAAGUGAGAUGAAGAUACGUCGCGUUUGAGAACCAAAAUGAUGUGCAGUCUCUUCCCAUUCCUCAUGUCAGCAGUAACUGGGAAGAUGCUCUAAGAUGGGUAAAUUGGUAACAUUUUUUUUUAAAAA